UAGAGUUGGUAGAAUUUAUUAUUUACUACAAUAUAAGUUCAAGGAGGCCAGUAUCACACUUUCCGACACACUCGUUUAUUGGUUAAAAUUCAUAUGGUCCUACUAAAUCAUGCGAGUUUCAUAUAAAUUUGGCGGGACUAGUGAACUUUAACCAAUAAAACAGUUUGUUGACAAGUGUGUUAGAGAGUCUGUUGCUAGCAUUAUUCUUAUUACUACAAUUACUACUACUAUUUUAUUUGGUUUUCAAUUGUGGGAAUAUUAAGCUAUGCUUAUCUUCAUUUUUAGUUAGUGAGGGGACGGCAUAAGGACAUUGUUUCGUUGAAUUGAGCCUUUGCAAGAAUGCUCUUCAGGAGUUUACAUUCUAGCAAACUUCAGUAUCUGAGUUUGAGGUGUUUUUCAUCUGCAACUUUUCCUCAUGUGCUUAAACCUGGGGAUGUCUUGAAAAAGAGUAGGGUUUUUACUGAGGAAGAUGUACUUGAGUACUCCAAGGUGAGUCAUGAUUCUAAUCCUUUGCAUACCGAUUCGGCUGCUGCUCGAAAUGUUGGAUUUGAAGGUCCACUGGUACAUGGAAUGCUUGUUGCUUCGCUUUUUCCUCAUAUCAUCUCAGCACAUUUUCCUGCAGCUGUGUAUGUAUCUCAAACCUUGAAUUUUAAGUUACCGGUCUAUAUUGGAGAUCAGAUUGUUGGUGAAGUACAAGCAAAUAGUCUAAGAGAAGAUAAAAAUCGAUAUCUUGCAAAGUUUAAGACAAGGUGCUUCAAGAAUGGAGAAAUUCUUGUUAUUGAAGGCGAGGCAUUGGCUUUGUUACCAACCCUUGACUAUAGAGCAGCGGAAGUAUAACGAGCAAUAGAAGCCAAUCACAAUUCCAAACCGUUAAUCAUGAAUGCCUUUUCAUAGAAGCAUUAGGCAUACCAGUAGAAAGUUUUUUCUGAUUCAGAUGAAGUUGAAAUGACUCAUGCUUGAUUGUUUAAUGUCCGCAAUUUUAUCAUGUUUCGCAAUAAUUCACUUUUUCUGUGCAACUCUGAAUCAAGCAAAACCGGUAGUUUCUUGGUCACGACCAGUUAAGGCUAAAGUUCCAUUAAAGAGCUUUUCCACGUGGUAGAACCUCCUCAGGGAAUAUAAGGUUUUCAUGAGGCUGAUCUUGAACCGCCAUCCACGCACGAAUACUGAGACUAGGAUAAACGUGACUAUGAAGCACCAACACCAAAAUCUGACAUGACAUGGACACGCAAUUUGGAUCCUCAGCAGCCCCUUUCUCUGCUGCUCUCUCUGCUGCAUUAUUUCAGGCUUUCAGCCCAUCAGAUUAAUCAAACGACAGUGAUAUAACACAACAAAAUUGCCCCAAUUUUUUUCUAUGUGUCGUCUUCUUCUUCUAUCUUCUUCCAUUCUAUCAUCUUGAUAUUCACACGAAUCUUCACCUUAAUAUUCAGCCCAAUACUCUUUUUCCAAAUCUUACAAUAUUUUCUUCACAACAAUGCCUUUUAUCCAAUUUUAUUCAACAUCUUGAUACUCUGGCUUUUGACUUUCAUUGCCAAUUAAUUGGGAAACUUCAAUAACAUAAAGAACAGAAUACUCAGUCAAGCAGGGGCAACAGAAGAAUAGGCCUAAUACGGUUUAUGUAACUGCAGUAGGCACCGCAGCAGACAAGUUUGCUGCCGAGGAUCCGGAUCGACAGACACGUCGAUACUAUAAAAUAUAGGACACCGGCACCGCUAUAUAUUUAAAUGUCGGACACCAACACGUGACGGACACUGCGGCACGUCUAAUGUAGAGGUGUCCGUGCUUUAUAGAUUAGUGAGAAAGGUUUACCUUUAAUUUCACGGCAAUAUGUUUUCUAAUUUUUGUGUUUGCAAAUGAUUGGCAUGAAACCAAGAAUAUGUUCUCUAAUCAUUCUUUAUUACAUUGCUUUUAAGAUGUAGUCUUAUAAUGU